AUGCAGGCCCCAACGACUCUAAACUGGAUAUUCAAGCUAUCUCCUGAAACUUCGUAUCUUUCCAUCUUAAGUAAGUGCUAUUCUAACAUAAAAACUCAUAUAACUGAAGAACCCGAGACUCUAAUUAAAGAUCCAGAAGGUAAAACAACCAAAGGCCCAGGUAAAGCUUUGUCCCAAUUUCUACCCACUCAGAAUAUCUCUGAAACUGCCAUUCGUCGUAUUAUUGAUAUUAUUACUUUAAGACCCCAACAAAUGAUUGCUUACACACCAGCCGAAGAAGAUGGGUUAGAUCUUAUCAUUGCUAUGGCUAAGAUAAGAAAGUGGCUCUUUGAAGGUCAAAUUACCAACAAAGUUCCAGAGAAUGUUAUUGAGAAACUCGUGCUUAUUCAUACUCGCCACCAAGAAGUCUUCUGUGCCCGAACUAAAGAAGUCUUUGUUCCAGCCGAUCUUAUCACUCCUAUCGUUGAUUUUUACAAAGUAGUUGUUAAAUCAGGUACAAUUGAGUCUAUUAUUAACCAUCCAGAAGCAGAUACACUCUACAUAGAAAUAGUUGAUUUUGCCGGCGAGAAAAGAACUAUAGUCAGUGGACUCAAAGGCAAAGUAGAAAAAGAAGCCUUACUUAGCCAGCACUGUUUAUUCACUCUCAAUCUUAAGCCCGUCUCAUUUAAAGGCACCAAAUCAUUCGGAAUGAUCUUAUUUGCCAAAAGCACAGAUAAAGAAGGAGGUUCAGUUAUCUUUACCAAAUCAUCAGGACAACAACUAACUCUCAAAGACUAUCCAUUAACUUCUCUUAUUCCUUUCCCAAUCAAAAUCAGUGAUUGUACCAAAAAAACCCUCGAGUCAUUCUUCCCUCGUCUCCAAGUCACCAACGAACUCCUUACCUACCACGGCCUCCCCACCCAAGUCGACCAAGACCCAGUCAUUAUCCCCGGUAUCCAAUCAGCCACCAUUUCCUAA